UGCUUUUAAUCUCAGUAGGGGCCAUAAAUCAUUUUUAAUAUUACACAAAAAUAAAGAUACGGAUAUAUGUAGAAGCCAUAAGAAAAGAACAAGAAUGGAACUAUCUAGGAACGAUAUAACAUUCAACUUGGAUUUCAAUAUUGGACGUUUAGUUUUAAGGGCACUAAAAGCUACACCGAAUUUUGUUGGUCAGGUGGAAUAUGAAACGGGUAGACAAAGUACAUUUCAGGAGAUGAGAGAGAAAAGUGUGACGUGUGCAUUAUGGUUAAAGAAACAAGAUAUUAAACCUAAUGACAUAGUAGCGAUAUGCACGAAUAACUAUUUCGAUGCCUACAUACCGUUUCUAGCGUGUUUGUAUUUAAGUGUAAUUGCAAAUCCGUGGGAUACAUAUCUCACGAUAAUAGAAGGAAACUUAAGGUAUUUUUUGAAUCUAUGCAGACCAAAGGUAAUGUUCGUCGACAGUGAUAUUGCUGCAAUUGUUUAUAAGACUGCUACGGAAUUAAAUUUUUCUACAAAAAUUGUAGUUUUCGGUGAAAUUGGAAGAUUUGAAUCUCUUCAAUCAAUUCUGAAUAAUAAUUCUCAUAAAGACGAAAUUAAUAAUUUCCAUGUUUCUCGGGACUUAAAACAGAAUCACACGGUGAUGAUGUUGUUCACUUCCGGUACGACGGGUUUGCCGAAAGCUGUGAACAUUCCUGACACAAUUUUUAUAGAUUGGGCAAACGGUCGGUCCAUCCUAUAUCGUAAUAGCAUCGGUCUUUGGUUCGUAUCCUUGGGUUGCAUUAUUGGCGCUGUUAUGACUGUGCGCAGUGUGCUUUCACGUGUCAAAGUAAUAAAACCAACACCAUUUCUUUUCUAUCCAGAAAAUAUAUGUAACAUGAUACAAAUGCAUAAGGUUUUUUGGGUAUUUCUUGAGACUAAUAUGUUGUAUAAUUUACAAUCUUUUUUAAGAUGUGAUCGCUCAACACGAUAUGAUAUAUCUUCCUUGAAAUAUGUCAUUUUUGGUGGUUUUAGACAAUCUGGUUCUAUUCACAAGGAAUUUUGUGAAGCAUUGCCAGGCGUUUCUAUCAUUCAAAUAUAUUACACGACUGAAACUGGUAUUGUCACACACCAGAGGAGACUUGAAAAGUAUGGCUCUAGUGGUCAGUCAGCUAUAAAAGUUAAUUUAAUGAUCGUUGAUACAUACGGCAAUAUGUGCGAGCCAAUGGAGGACGGUAGUAUCCUUUACCAUACUUCGGGAUUAUUUAACAGCUAUUAUAAAAAUAACACAGCUACACAGAUUGCUGUAAACAAGCAAGGAUGGUUCUGUACUGGAGAUGUCGGUUUUUUCGAUAAUGAUGGUGAUAUCUUUGUUCUCGAUCGCAAAGUGAAUGUUUAUAAUGGCAUGAUGUGUAGUAUAAUACCAUUCGAAAUUGAAAACGUGUUAUGCAUGCAUCCGAAUGUACACAUUGUCUAUAUAAUACCUAUGUUGUUUCUAAAUGAAAACCACCUAAUAAUACUCAUUAAAAGAAAAAGUCCGAAUAAACAGGUUAAAACAAAACACUUGGUAAAAUUAUUACAUCAGCAUUACGGUUUUGGACUAAUAAACUCCGUAAAAUAUAAGCUUCACUUUUAUAUUGUAGAUAAUAUACCACGUUAUUCCAAUGGCAAAAUUGAUCUAUUAAUGUUACUUCGAUUAAAAAACGAUUUUUUACUUAUAUAAACAAUGUAUGUAAAGAAAGAUGUCGAUCGAUCUAUAUUGACAUAUGCGAUCUAUAAUAAUGUAUGCAACUAUAUAUUUUUUUCUU